AUGUUUCAAGAUGUCAAAGUGCAAGACUACCAAAGAGAGCUCGGGUACGAGAAGGACCCCCCCGUUACCCGGUCCUCUGGUACAGCCAAUUCCCCUGGUUCAGCCAGUACCCCCGCAAGUAUUACCCGCAGUGCUCAAAAGGUGGCACAAGAGUUGUCCGCGACGCCCUCAGCUGCGAAGCGGGCUACAGGGGCAGCCACAACCAAGGGGUCUCCUAAGCAGGAGAUCAAACAGGAGAUCAAACAGGAGGUCAAAAGGUCGCCCCGAAAACGGUCUUACCUGUCUCGAGGGGAGCAGGCCUGGGAGGCUGCCGCAUAUGAACCUCCCUCGCCUUUGAAGAAGCGUAAACAGGACUUCUGUAAAUGA